AUGGAAGAUUCAGUUUCUGAAACAUUAAUAAAUGGGGUAAUUGUUAAUUAUUGAAAACCAAACAAAAAAAAAUCUCAAUAUUUUCAGACAGUUGUAAAUGUAUAUGAUUAUACUCCCACAGAAAAAGCCGCAAUUAUUUGGGCAGUUGCAUUUGGAACAAUUGCCGGAACAUUUCCAUUCAAUUAUUGUUUUGUGAAAUUUGGUGCACGAUAUACAUUUUUAGCCGCUGGUUUGAUUUCUGCUGUUUCUACAAGUGUUAUUCCAAUGGUUGCAUUAACAAGUUUCCCAUUAUUAUUAGUUGUUAGAUUUGUUCAGGUACUCAAAAAUAUCUAGAACUCUUCUCUGACUCUAAUUAUGAAUUAUUUUAGGGAGUCGCAUAUUCCGCUGAUUUUGCAGUGAUCGGAAUAAUUUGUGUAAAAUGGGCGCCACUUGAUGAGAAUGCGAUAUUUGUUUCAGUGUUAACAAUAUUUUCACCAAUAGCAACUUCAAUAACAGAUUCAAUAAGUGGAAUGUUGUGUACUUCAAGUCUUGGUUGGCAAUCAGCAUUUUAUUUGCAUGCAUUUGUUGGUGUUAUAUUCUUCAUAAUUUGGGCAUUUGUAUAUUCUGAUACUCCAACAAAUCAUCGAUUUGUAAAUCAAAAAGAAUGUGAACUUAUUCAAAAAGGAAAAUCCGAUGCACAUUUUGAGACAAAAAGAACAAUUCCAUAUUUGAAAUUAAUCACAAACCCAGCAAUUUUAUGUUGUUGGUUCAAUGCAUUUAUGGAUUUAUCAAUGUCAAUUCUUAUGAUUACAUAUUCUCCAACAUAUUUCAAUGAAGUCUUAGGAUUUCCCAUUGAACAAACUGGAUUUAUUAUAAGUAUUACAAAUUUUGCACAAAUUCCAUUCAAAAUGGUUUCUGCUUAUAUCAGUGAUAAAGUUACGAUUGUAACUCCUCUAACAAAAAUGCUAAUUUUCAAUACAAUUAGUUGUGGAAUUGUUGCGGUUCUUUUUGGUUUUGUUGGAUUUGUGCCAGCUUCACAAAAAUGGAUUGCGAUGGGUUUAGUAACAGCAGUCAACUGUUUAAUGUCUUCAAAUUGUGGUGGUUAUUAUCAAUGUGCACGGUAAGCCGAUUUUAAAAAAAAACAUUUAUUUUUCUUUAUCAAUUCAUAAUUGCGUAUAUCAAAGAUAACAUUCUUUUGAAAGCACGUGCUGUACUUAUUCUUUUUACAGAUAUGUUUCUCAACAAUACGCCGAUGUUGUUAUAGCCGCAAUUCAAUUUUGCAAAGCAAUCGCAUUAUUUUUUGUUCCUGGUCUUGUUGCUGUAUUUGUUCACGAUGAAACAAGUCGAUCACAAUGGGCAAUGGCUUUUUGUGUUAAUUCUGGACUUUUAUUAGUUGCAACAUUCACCUCAUAUUGUUUAUUCACUGAUAAACCAGCUGAAUUUACGAAAACUAAUGAAAACAAAAAUAAUAAUGAUUCUUCUGAAAAUGAUCUUGAAUUGAAGCUUUAA